GUGACCAAUGGCAGCCGCCGUUAGUGUUAUUGACAGUGGAAGCCUACACGCCUCUCCCUGCGGUGCGGGUUUCCUGGUACCUUCCACCCUCCGCCUCCUGACGAUAGGACCGAAGCCGGGAAAGCUUUCUUGUUUCAGCCUCAACCUUUUAAUUCUGACACGUUUUCUCUCACCGAAACGAAAUGGCCUCAGGAGUGUCAGUUGCUGCUGAAGUGGUUACAGCGCUGCAAGAUUUGAAAAUUCGCCACAAAUACAAGUAUGUCAUCUACCACAUAGCAGGAGGGGAGGUGCGAAACCAGGCACUAGAUAGUAUGUCAUCAGACGACAAGAACAAUGAGUACAACACGGAAUAUCAAAAGCAGCGUCAUCAGGGCUUUGUGGACGAGCUGAAGGGAGGGGAGGAUGCUAACACGUGUCGCUAUGCUGUCUACGAUUUUUCUAUUUUGGAUCAAAAAGAAGGAGACACAGCAGCGAGGAAGACCAAUAAGAUCCUCUUUAUUGUCUGGUGCCCAGACACGGCAUCAGUCAAGGAUAAGAUGUUGUACGCUAGCAGCAAAGACGCAGUCAAGAAAGCAUUGGGGUCCGGAAUAACAGAGGUUCAAGCCACUGACCUCUCAGAGCUGUCCUUCGAUUAUUUCUGGGAGAAGGCCCAGUCCAAAUAGACGCUAGGCUUCCAUAGUACAAUCUGGCCUAUUCCGUAGGGGUGGGCAUGUUUUUAAUGGUGAGAAAAUUAACUCAACACUGGAGCUGUCACUACAACAAGUAGCAUGGGGACAUACAGGACACACCAUUCAGUAACAGAAAACGAAAUGCUAGGUAAAAUUUCCAACUUUGUUUACGCCAUGUUGUGUACAUGAGUAAUGUAAGAACAGCUUGUUUUUUCUAUGUUUGAUACCAACGUGAAAAUAAGUAGGGGCAUACCUUGCAAAAAGUACUGUUAGCCUUUCUUGUCUCUGGCCGAAAGGCUGUGUAGUGUAGAGACUUAAACAAGGCCGGAUAUACAGAAUUCUUCUACAAUGAUCACUUAAGUAAUGUGUGUCUUAGUCAUGUUAUUUAUGUUUGAGUAUCUUAAUGUCUAUGACAGUGUCAAUGAGGCUGCUGACUUUAUGUGUUCAUGUUUUUAACUGACCAUAUUUAAGGUCUCUGAAAAAAAAACUUGAAGUUAAGAAAGAGAGAGCUGAAUUUUUGUUGUAAAAAACAAACGGUUCAAAGUGACUUUCAAACUUACAUACAUGUUUCACUUUGUUUUAAUCACAUGUAGUGCCAUAUUGUGUGUUUUAAAGAAAUUUUGCCGAUGAAUUCUAUUAGGGUUCAGUCCUAGGGUGGAUUUGCUGUAACAGCGUUACAUAUACGAGGAACUUACCAGCAGUUAGAACUACAAUGUCACCAUGAGUAUUGAAAAAGAAUUCAAAAAUGCAUCUGACAAGAUUCGCCAUUUGCCUUUCACAAGCUGCAAAGCCUAUGGUGCUGAUAGUCUGAGAAAGAAAAGAUUGCUAAGCUCACAGAUUCGAAAUUUAUUUACCAGGGAGGUACGCGAUCACAUGUAUUCAGCCUUACAUGGUUAAGUAAGUUGUCCUUUAUUCCCUAGCAACAUAGUGUUGUUGGUUAUUUAUUUAUUAUGUUUAAUUUAACGGCAGGUAGUAGGAAUAAUGUGACUUAUCUAACUGACACAGAAUUAGAAGAACUUGGCUUGAGCCACGAGCCAUAUUCAGUUGCAUGUUUUAUUUGUUGCAAAUGCAAUGCAUGUUUGUUGCAUAUGUAGGGUUUUCAGGGGUAUGGAAGUAGCAUUUGGAAAGGCAUGGGACCAUGCUUCACUAAGAUGUCCUUUAAAAAUUUGGUAGCAUUGGAAAUAACGUCUCACUGAUGUGCUGCUUCAAAUUCCCUGCCAGAUUUUGAUAUUACGUAGACAUUACAAAUUCCAUGGAUGUUGCUGUGGUAGUGAUACGGUCUGUCAAGAAGCCUGGACACUUGCAUAGAGAUGGGAGGAGAUUUGAAGACUUUAAGAAAUAAUUUAGUGUUUAAAUCACCUUUGGAGUCAUGCUGUCAAGGGUGGGGGGGCAGUUUAUGUCUGAAUAAAGACAUGACAACUUC